AUGGCAGACCGACACCACAGCAAACCUAACAACUAUUCAGACCGACACCACACAGACCCACACAACAGACCGACACCCCAGACCGAACACCACUGCAGACCGACAACCCCCAACCACACCACUGGCAGACCGACACCGGCUGGCAAGACCACCAACACGGCAGCAUCCAUCAACCAAUGGCAGACCGACAAUAACAGACCGACACCACAAAAGCAAGACCGACACCGACGGCAGACCGACACCAUUGCAGACCGACACCGCUGGCAGACCGACACCACGGCAGACCGAUCACCGCAGCAUACCAACACCAUUGCAGAACCCACCACCCGCUGGCAGACCGACACCACGGCAGACCUAUCAAUUGGCUGGCAGACCGACACUGCGGCAGACCGACACCACUGGCAGACCUAUCACCCGCCGCAAGACCCAUCGCUGGCAGACCGACACCAUGGCAAGACCGACACCACGGGCAGACCGACACCAUUGCAGACCGACACACAACGCAGAACCGAUCACCACGCAGACCACACCACAGCAGCAACCACGGCUGGCAGACCGACACCACUGGCAGACCGACACCCGGCAGACCGACACCAUGCAGACCUAUCAUUGCAGACCUAUCACCUGCUGACUCGACACCAGGGGCAGACCACACCACGGCAGACUGACACCAUUGGCAGACCGACACCACGGCAGACUGGACACCAUGGCAGACCGACACCAUUGGCAGACCGACACCAGGCAGACACCCAAGCAGACCGACACCGGAAGACCUAUCACCAUUGGCAGACCGACACCACGGCAGACCGGACACCACGGGCAGACCGACACCACAAGACCGACACCAUGGCAGAACCUAUCACCAAUGGCAAGACCGACACCACUGGCAAGAUCCAUCACCCAUUGGCAGACCGACACUACGGGCAGACCAUCACCAAUGGCAGACCGACACCAUUGCAGACCACACCAUUGGCAGAACUAUUGCACCGACACUAUUGCAGACCGGACACCACUGGCAGACCGACACCAUUGGCAGAACCUAACACCUGGCUGGAGACCGGACACUAUUGCAGACCGACACUAUUGGUAGACAGGACACUAUUGGCAGACCGACACCAUUGGCAGACCGACACCGGCAGACUUGACACCAUUGGCAGACCGACACCAAUGGCAGACCGACACUGGCAAGACCGACACCAUUGGGCAACUCCCACACCACUGGCAGACCACACUGGCGGCAGACCGACACCAAUGCAGACACACCGCUGGCAGACCGACACUCGCUGGCAGACCGACACCCAAGACCGACACCAAUGGCAGACUGACACCAUUCAACCCACACCACAGACCGACACCAUUGGCAGACCGACACCAAUGGCAGACCUGACACUCGCUGGCAGACUGACACAGACCGAAAUUGGCUGGCAGACUACACCAUUGGCAGACCGACACCACAGACCGACACCAACAGACCGACACCAUUGCAGAACCGACACUGGUAAUCCCACACCAUUGCAGACCGACACCAUUGGCAGACCGACACCAUUGCAGACCGACAUAAAGGAGACCGACACCACGGCAGACCGACACCAAUGGCAGACCGACACCAUUGCAGACCCGACACCCGCGCAGAACACACGGCAGACCGACACCUGCUGGCAGACCGAUACCAUUGGGCAGACCGACACUGCACUGGCAGACCGACACCACUGGCAGACCGACACCAUUGGCAGCACCAUCACGGGCAGACCGAUCAACUGGCUGGCAGACCGACACCAAACUGACACCAUUGGCAGACCGACACCACGCCGCAGACCUAUACCACUGGCAGACCGACACCACGCCAAAUGGGACUCGACACCAUAA